AUGCAAGAAUACCCCAAAUUCGAGCAAUUAAGAAACACCAACGUGUCUCACCCAAAUUCGGAAAUCGGCUUAUCUCGCGGCCUCCAUACUUCCGUAAUAGAAAAUCAAUUCAUCAAACCCGAAAGCUUGAGAUGCGGCAGACACCCACUUGAUCCACUACAACCCCUUUUGUUGUGCAUACAAGAUUUCGAUGCAUCGAUGAGAGAUAAACCCAUCAAAGUUUUCCUUCUUCGUUUUCGAGGAGAUAAAAUUUGAUCGGCGCCGGUGACGUAAAUUCAAGCUGAUUGACAAUCAAACCUUACUGGGUAAUCUUAGAUUAAGCAUUUUUCUGCAAUCCCAUCUCCCAUUUCAGCUCUGUUCGAACUUGAUCGAAUGGCUACCCUCUCGAUUGGGAUUCAUUUGCCCCCAUCGCGGCAUUGGAAGAGAUUUUCAUUUCAUUCCCACUCUCCCGUUUCACUCCCAUUUCACACGAGCUAUGGCUCUUCUUUGAGUAGAAUCAGAGCUCCAAGGUUGCUUGGUAAGAACCUUCUCGCGCGGGCUGAAGACGAGGAUAAAAGCUCUUCUUCGUUUCAGCAGCAGCAAGCUCCACCCAACUUCAGCAAACAAUUGGAGGAACUCUCAUCGAAGUCAGGAACAUGUGAUCCCUUAUGCUCAGUUGAUGAAAUAAGCUCUCGGGAUUUUGAAGAUAGUUAUCAGCCACAGGCUGAUUUAGUGAAGGCUUUUGCAAUACUUGCAGCUGCCCUUACUGGGAUUGUGGCUAUUAAUCACUCCUGGGUUGCUGCUAAUCAGGAUCUUGCUAUGGUGUUGCUAUUUAGUAUAGGAUAUGCUGGAAUCAUUUUUGAAGAAGCUCUUGCUUUCAACAAGAGUGGAGUGGGAUUGUUGAUGGCGGUUGGCUUGUGGGUUGUUCGAAGUAUUGGGGCUCCAUCCACCGAAAUUGCUGCUUCAGAGCUAACACAUGCCACAGCAGAAGUCAGUGAAAUUGUGUUCUUCUUGCUUGGGGCGAUGACCAUAGUCGAGAUCGUCGACGCCCAUCAAGGAUUUAAGUUGGUUACAGACAGUAUAACGACUCGAAAACCACGAACUCUUCUCUGGGUGAUUGGGAUUGUAACCUUUUUUCUAAGUUCAAUCCUUGACAACCUGACAACCACAAUUAUCAUGGUUUCGUUAUUGCGAAAACUCGUUCCUCCGUCAGAGUAUCGCAAGCUACUCGGAGCUGUAAUCGUUAUAGCAGCUAACGCGGGCGGUGCAUGGACACCUAUUGGAGAUGUAACCACAACCAUGCUAUGGAUACAUGGUCAGAUAUCAACAAUGCCAACACUCAAAGACUUGUUUAUACCUUCGGCUGUUUCACUUAUAGUUCCGUUGUCUCUUCUGUCCCUAACAAGUGAAGUCAAUGGAAAGGGACAGGAUUUUUCGAACGUUAUGGCGUCCGAGCAGAUGGCUCCUCGUGGAAAGCUCGUCUUCUCUGUCGGUGUCGGAGCGUUGGUCUCUGUUCCAGUGUUCAAGGCCCUCACAGGUUUGCCUCCCUACAUGGGUAUGCUGCUUGGACUUGGAAUUCUGUGGAUUCUCACUGAUGCAAUUCACUAUGGUGAAUCGGAACGACAAAAGUUGAAAGUUCCUCAAGCUUUAUCUCGUAUCGAUACGCAAGGAGCGCUAUUUUUCCUCGGUAUCCUUUUGUCUGUCAGCAGCUUAGAGGCUGCAGGAAUCUUACGCGAGUUAGCAAACUACCUCGACGCUCAUAUUCCGAACACUGAACUCAUUGCGAGUGCAGUCGGUGUUAUAUCAGCUAUUAUAGACAAUGUCCCAUUAGUUGCAGCAACAAUGGGAAUGUAUGAUCUCUCUUCCUUCGCGCAAGAUUCCGAGUUCUGGCAGCUGAUAGCGUUUUGUGCUGGCACUGGUGGAUCCAUGCUUAUAAUUGGAUCUGCAGCUGGAGUUGCAUUCAUGGGGAUGGAGAAGGUGGACUUCUUUUGGUACUUGAGAAAGGUUAGCGGCUUCGCCUUUGCUGGAUAUGCUGCUGGAAUUGCUGCCUAUUUAGCUCUUCAUAACCUCAACACAUCGCUACCUACAACCAUUGCUGAGGUGCCUUCCAUUAUGGGAUUCAUAAACUGAACAUUUUUGACGACUUCAAAUAAACAAGGAUAUGGCUGUUUUCCAUUUAUAUCAGUGAGUUUUCAAGGGUGGGAACAUUCUUAGAUAGUGAUGAACUUUCUUGCACGUUAUAGUGUGUGUAACUCUUUUCUAUAAGCCCCCAACCAAAGCUGUAGAAACUGCAAGAGCAUCCAAUCAAAAGUAUAUGAUCAUUCUUGAAACUUA